CGGUCGUUUUGUGUAUGUUGUUAUGAGUAUGGCGGCGGAUACUUACAGAGGACGGCAAGUUGUUAGAAAUGUUCAGUUCAACUGAAGAAAGCUUUAAUUCAAACUUUUUUGUGAUCGAUAGUGUUUCGACUGACAUUUAUAACAUCAACGCAACACAUGUUUUUUUUUUUUCUUCUUGGGACUCUUCAGAAGAUUACUGGACAGGUGAUGCUGCAGUCAAACAUGUCUCCGUUUUCCGAGUCUGCUCUGUCAGUCAGCUAACUACCUAGUCUUUCCUAUGUAACUCUUUCCGACUCGGCUAACGUGAACUUUUGCAAUGAGGCCAGUUUAUUGCCUACUUGUUUUGAGUUGCUUGUCAAAAAUAACACAAGUUUACCUGAAGUAACACAACCGUUCCAGAGCUAGUUGAUCACGACUAUUCACCCGAAGAGGCCCGACUACUAUUCCAGCUAAAUGACAAGUUCUUAGCGCGUUAGCUUAACUAGCCAUGUAGCUAGCUACUUUUUAUAACUAACAGUGUUAUUGCACUAGGCCUGUCCAGCUCUACUUACCUCUACCGUACUCGUUUUAAGGCGUGUCUUUGAACCUGUUUGGAACAUUAUGCUUCACGAUUAGAAGGAUUUGUUGCUGUUUGGGGCCUUGAAACUAAAUAUUAGCCUGCUAGUCUUCCUAAAUUGGGAGUGGCUAGAGGUUGCAUUAGCUAGUUAGACAUUUAGCUAGCAAACAACCUCAGAUACUCAUUCUUUAGCACCUGUCCAUAGUGAGUAUGGUAAACAACUUAAUGUUAACUCAGCCUCUAUGGGGGGAAAAAAACACUUAUUGAUGACAUAUUAAACCACGGUCCAAUUGUCAGCGGGUGUGUUUCAAUGGCUAACCGUAUCAUCAGCAGGGAUAGGAAACCGCGCGAUGGUCAGAUUGUGUAAUAUAGCUAUCUGGAUUUAUCCGAUGGGCUAAAGAUUAGCUGCCUGCCGCUAACUUGCGCGGCAUAAUAUAGCUUCUCUCGCUAUACAAUUUGAUGGGCGUGGGAAAAUAUUUUCUAGAUUGCUACUGUUGCUAUCGUCAAAUGGUUUUGGCUGUACUGUAUUGUGGCCUGUACGUAGUCGUAUUGAGUCAUUCACUGGACGUAAUGUAGCUCUGUAGAAAGAUACCAUAAAUACAUGUUUAUUUUGUAAUUUUUACAUUAUUACAGGAGGUUUUACUGAAUCAAAAGGAGAAAAAACGUCCAAAUUAAUGGCUAGCUAGCAGUGCCUAACUUAAAAUAGAAGAGCCAGCCAGACAGCGAAUAGCCAGGUUACAUGGUUUAUUAACACAACAGCCGAGGAUUUAAGACUGAGUUAGUCAUUCUGGAUCAAGAAACCUUGUCUUUCGUCUCUGGUUGGAGUAACACUCCCAAGCCAUCAUCAAUGCCUUCAGCGCUGGCCAUCUUCUCCUGCCGUCCGAAUUCACACCCUUUUCAGGAACGUCAUGUCUACAUGGACGAGCCAGUCAGGAUCGGGCGCUCUGUGGCGCGAUGCCGACCCGCUCAGAACAACGCGACGUUCGACUGCAAGGUUCUGUCACGGAACCAUGCCCUGGUCUGGUUUGAUCACAAGACUGGCAAGUUCUACCUGCAGGACACUAAGAGCAGUAACGGGACGUUCAUCAACAGCCAGCGUCUGAGCCGGGGGUCCGAGGAGAGUCCUCCCUGUGAGGUCCUCUCUGGUGACUUCAUCCAGUUUGGUGUGGACGUCACAGAGAACACCCGUAAAGUCACCCACGGCUGCAUAGUGUCUACAAUCAAGCUGUUUCUACCGGACGGCAUGGAGGCUCGACGACGAUCAGA